CAAAAAUUUUCUCAUUCGACAGAUUGUCUCGAACUUGAAUAACGUUUUAUAACAUAUUUUUUCAAUAUUUUAAUAAAAAAAUUUUAACGUGCAAAAAAAUUGAAUUUCAACUAAUUUAUUGUUAAAAAGCUUGUGCGAAAAAAAGAAAUAAAAAGGCAAAAUAGGAGAAAGGACAAAGGAAACAAAAGAUCGCUAUCAAAGGUGUCGGCGGAUGAGGCGCAAUCCACAGACGCGAUCAACAAACAGACCAGUGAGGCAGACGUGAAGAGCCAGGUUCACGUUAAAACAACAACAACAGCCAGGAAAUGAGUAAGACGAAAAGCGCCACGACAAGCACACGUAAAAGCAGCCACAAUUACGACUAUCAUGAAGGCGACCAUCACGACGAGCUGUCGGAUGAGCUGAGUAUCUCCAGCUCAGAGGACGAUGUUGUGGCCACAAGAAAAUCGCGCAAACUACAGCCGACAGAUGCCGCUGAUUAUGAGGAGGGUGGAGGCAUAUACGACCGAGGUGGCCGGAGGCGACGCCGCAGCGGCAGUAAGAGGCGUCGGAGCCGUGGCAGACGAUCGCGCUCACGCCGUCGUCGCCGCUAGAUUUUUUCUUUUGCUUGCAGUUUUCUUUUUUAUUUUUUGGAUAAAUUUUGUGUGAAAGAAAUUAUAAUUUUCUUUAUUUAUUUUAUUUAAUUUAAUUUUUAAUUUUUGGUCCAACAACACUUACGCCGUUGACAAAUUUUGUAUGCUUGUAUAAAUCUAUUGUGUAGAAAUAAAUUGUAAGUCAUACCUUAUAGUACAUAAUGUAUGUAUG